AUGGAAGGACAGCCAGAUGUAAAGCCAAGAAAUCAGGACCAGAUGGAUCGCAAUAGGGAACAUGCAGAGGAUGAGUGGAAGAGCUGGCAAAGAGGACAGGUUAGGAACACGCUGCACCUCGUGUCCGCGGCUGCUCAGUGGAUAUUACUGCUUGCCUGCUUGAUUUACCUUGGUAUAGGUUCUCUGCAACCCUCAACGCCUCGGAGCGACAGAGUGCCGUGGACACACAUCCGCUACACAGGUAAAAGCAUCAAAGGAGCAGCCGUGAAUCUCACUGCUGAAGUAGGCUCUAUUCAGAUCAGAAAUGGUUCCAUCAUGAUCACCUGUGAUGGCCUCUACCUAUUGUCCUUGAAGGGCAAUAUCUUUUUCCAUGGCCCGAAAGAGGAGGACUUGCUGAAUCUGACACUGUGGAAGACAGACAACAAGACCAGCAGGGCUCUCUGGGAGCAAACUGUCUGGGUCAGCGGCGAUGCAGUAAAUCUCACCAUAGUGCUCUACUUGUUUGCUCAAGAUAACAUCACCCUGGGGACCAGCUCCAAUGCCACCAUUGCGGAUCUGUCAUUUAGCAUUGUGUUACUAAGUCCCUUCAUUUGCUCAUUGUAGAAGAUGACGUAUGAAAUGUAACAUGUAAAUUAUAGCCUUUCCUACCAAUCCAUUUGCAUGUGGGAGGCUUGUUCUCACAGGCUGUACUUGUACAGGCAGACUGGUCUAGCCUCCCUUCUUGGGGCUGCAGAAGGCCUCAGCUGGAGUGCAGAUAAAUCACAGUGCAAACGGGCUUUAUAUAGUGCAUGCCGUGUUCAUCUCUUUGGAGCUCUGCGCAGCUGUUUUGCUACCUAGGAUGGAUCUUUCUAACAGUGGAGAAAGGGAUGCGUGAAGCCCUUGAGGGGAACAGAAAUGAAGGCCAAAGAAAGUCACCUAAGCUUAGCUCAUAUUCAGAGAAACCCUGGAUUUCUCUACUUACUUGACAGUAUCCAUAUAUAGUACAAAUGCGCUGUAUAUUUGCUAAAAUAAAAGUCUGGUAAAUCGGGAAGAUACCUCAAGUGUCUUGAAGCCAUUUGGAGAAGGAGGAGAACAGACCUGCUCAACAGCCCUUUGCCUGGCAAGGCAGGAGACAGGGAAGAGGCGGCAAGGGACUUCCUUUGCAGUGAUCCAGAUAAAUGCUCUCUGAGAGGUAAAGGCCACGAAAAGAAGGUGGUAUUUCAAAAUGAGCUAACAGGACUGCACUGGACAGCAGGAACGCAGGUCCUGCAGUGACUAUGAGGUUUUUAGGAGCAGCUUUUAAGAGUGGAGGCCCACUGGCUGUUCCAGCUAUCUGCAGGCUACUGAAGCCUGAGCCGAGGGAAUAUCUGGUGGGACGUUUACAUCUUGACACAAGCUCUCGGCGGUGUUAAGUUGAAGGAGAAUCUCCUUCAAGCGCACACACACAGACUGGCUUGACCCCAAAAUGAUCCAGGCACACGAAAAUUUGGAAAAACACGAAGACUCUGGAUUUGGUGGGUUCUCUCUAAUGGACCAAGUGAAACCUGCAGGUCCGCACAUCCUUUCCUCUGGGAGGACUGAGAUGGUUCCCAUGAGCCUCGCAGUAGAUCUUGUCAUACAGGUAUGCACCACAGAGAGAUUCACAGGCACAACCUCCACGAUGCACCUGUGCACCCAUGCACACCCUGCCUGGCUCCUGCUGAAGUCAGACUGCUCUCACCAAUCCUGGGCUGUGCAUCCCUCUUCUCGUUACAGCUUGUGGCCGCUGAGGACAAGUCCUGCUCUGCCUGCGCUGCAGGCAGCACGUGACCUGAGCACAGCCAGCAACUGUUGUAUUUUUGGUUGAAGUGCGGUAGAUUUCAAGGGCAAGUUGACUACCUGGCUCCAACGAACUCCAGCAACAUUUCAGCCUCUCACUGCUUUUGUUAAAAGUAUUUAUGUAUUUAUACUAUAGGCAUAAGAAUGUUACUUCAGAUUUCUUAGAAACACUGGGAAGGGUUCAGACUUUGGGUUGUCAGCACUAAGCUCCUCUUUGCAGAUGCUCCCAAUGCCGCGGAGCAUUCCUGCUACGUGGGCACAGUGCUGCCGCCCGCCUUGGCUCCCUGGCUGACCUGCUCCGGGCUGAGCACUCCUGUGGGCUCAGGUGCCAAAGGUAGCUAAGGAAAUCUUUCAGGCCUUGGUGAGCUUUUCUAUAUGCUUUAUGCUAUUGUUAUAGGCUUUAUGAACUUCCCUACCUGGGGCCAGGCCACAGCCCCAGGGGAAACCGCUGUGGCUGAAGCAGUUAUUCAUGCAGUGCCCAGAAGGAGCUUUUUCUCAUCUCAGGACUGAGAAGCUGUGGGCUGACUUGCACCUACAGGAUGCUCCUCCCCAGCUGCAAGGGGCAUUUUGGGCUUUUACCUCUGGUCACUCUGUCCACCACAGGGAUUGCAGGCAGCUGCACCCUGCCCCCAAGCUGGGCACUGUCACACUCCCCAGCUGAAGUGAGAAUGUGUUUCCCUUCCUAAAAGCUAAUAAAACUUUCCUUUGUAACCUUCGGGCUUGCAGUGUCCCUCGGGAGUGGGGGUCUGUGUUUGCAGACAUUUUCACUGGUAUGAAAGCUAUAUGAAAUUUUCAAAUACGUUCUUUUUUUUACAGUUCAGCUUCAGUUUCAGCUCUCCCCAAGGGCAUGCAGGGCUGGUGCUUCCCAAUGUCGGCUAACACAGGCAGGGCGGGCCCUGUCAGUGGUGAGGACAGGGGUGCACAGGACAGCAAGAAAGAUUAAGCCUAAACAACACAAAUGGAUUUGUACCUCAGAAGGGUGCACCCUUUCUUCUUGCCUAGAGCAGGAGAGGGCAUUUCCCACACUGAUUCCCCUGCACUUUCAGGCUGAACUAGACUGACCUACAUAUAUACAUGUAC